UACUCGAAUUAUCUGAAUAUCAAUGAUAUUCAAGUGUCCGAGUACAAUAUUCAAAUACUUGAAUUAUCCGAAUGCAUCCCUAAAAUAUAAGUCUAAUACAUUUGAUUAUUCGAAUUUGUCCCAAUGAAAUAUUCAAAUAAUCCAUAUGAUAUAUUCGAGUUUUAAAAUUCUCCAAAUGUAACAUCCAUUCGAACACGAUCAAUGCUCGAAUUAUUCAGAAUUCCAGUAUUCGAAUUAUCCGAAUCAAACAAUAAAAUUAUCCCUAUCCAUUCCAAUACACAUUCGAUAAAUUCAAAGAUCGGUAUUUCGUAUUCUUCAAAAAUUAUCGAAAAGUUCUUCGAUGUUACAUCGAUUGGAUAAGUUGAAACAGUGUUCUACGGGUAUAAUUAUUUAACCGGCACGAGUAGUCUAGUGGCAAACAGGAAUGUCCAUUUUUUCGCCGAGAUAUCGUUUAAUGUCCGCCACAUUCGACGCAGUCUCCUUUCGAGGUGAAUCGAGGCUGGUCUUCAACUUGAAAGCUCGACUACCCGCUUCGAAAAAAAUCUCGUAUCGAAUGGUGGCACUCGAUACCCUUUCUCCUGGCAGUAGUUGGCAUCGGUCAUGGUAAUAGCUAUGGUUCUCGUGUAACCAGUUCAGUUGCUCCAUUAUCGAUCAUCGACGAUUAGCCAGUCGACCAAGUAGCUAAUGCCUGUUAACUUCGCGGCCAAUUCUCGAUACAUCUAUCCAUUAGCAUGUUCCGUGAUCCCCUUGCGAACGUGCCUUUGAUAACGGAUAACCACGUUCGCGAUCGAGCUCGGACAAAGCAAAAAGUGCUCCUCGAUCGAGCCAAGAUCGAGCACGAACGGCAUGCUUCGAGUAUCGAUAGAAAGCAAUCGCAAGAACACGAGAGACGGCAUUAAUUAUGGUUGAUUAACUAUCGUUUUGUGGAAAGUACCAGGUAACGUGACACUGGAACCCGUUACCUACACAUUCCGAGAAAAAACAAUAGAUAGUCUAUUUCUUUGGGAAAAGUUACUUGGAACUAGAUUUCAUUUAUUUAUGAUUAUUCAUUCAUUUCAUUCAAUGAAAUGUUAUUCGGUACUUUUUUGAACCCUCUCAUUUAUUAAUUUUGUUACCCACCAAGUUCUUAGCCUCUUAACCUACAAUUUUAUAGGCAGUUCAUUCACAGCUAAUUUAUACUACAACGUUAAGGUUAUUGCUGCAACUGAAAGAAGUUAAAAUAUCAAGAACAUUCUACCUUCAGCGAUCCUUGAUUGUACAUAUUGAUAUGUUCCAUUCGAACAUUUAGAGUUUCAGUUAGAUCAACCUACUUUUCUGACCUACAAUGCUAUUUGAGCAGUCAAAGUUAUAUACUCGAGUCAGUAGUAAAUCAGACAUUGUCAUUUGCAAACAAGGUGGACGAACAGGAAUUUAAUGUAAUGUCAUACAACCAUCUUAUCUAUUAUUUUCAGUGUAGAAACUGUAGAUACUGCUUUGCAUAGUUCUGAUCCUAUCAUGCUACCUAAGUGUUCAAAUUUAUACACCCAAUGUAUACGAUACUAGAUCUGACACUACACUAUUUGCAAGAUAGAGAAGCAAUAGUGUAACGUCAUUGUAUGCUAUCUUAUCUGUUACAGUUCUGAAUUGAAUGUGUAGAUUUAGCUUCGAAUAGUUCAGUUCUGAUCGUACCAUGCUACUUAAGUGUUUCAAUUUAUAUAUCGAACAUAUAUGAGAGUAAAUCAAACAUUAUACUAUUUGCAAACAAGGUGAAUAAAAUUAGUGCAACCUCAUACAUCCAUUUUAUCAUAAUUUUAUGUGAAGAGAUGUAACUUUGACUAGUUCAGUUCUGACCUUAUCAUACUACUUAUGUGUUACAAUGUAUGCAUCUGAGGUAUAUGAUAAUAAAUUCGACAUUACACUAUUUGCAAGUAGAACAAGCAAGAAUUAAGUGUAACAUGUAACCAUCUUAUCUAUCAUAAUUUUGAGCCAAUGUGAAUGUAACUUUGACUCCGAUCCUAUCGUGCUACUUCAAUGUUCCAAUUUAUACACCCGAAGUAUGACAGUAAAUCAGACAACGUACUAUUUGCAAACAAGAUGGACGAGCCAAGAGAGUUGUCUCGGUCGGCAAAAUGGCGGGCGGUAGAUCGAUUCGAUAGUGCCGUCAAGAAAGUGUAUCAGCGUAACCGUCUCUCCAUUCUUUCUUCUUUCGCCAGGAAUUAAUUCACGACGGAAGGGGUUUAACUCCAUCGACACGAGACGAAGUUACGGUUCAGCGAUUCGUUCACGAGCGUUGUUAAGAUUUCAUGGUUCAGGCCACGACGAUGUGGGACAAAUGCGAGAUGGUCUGGCGAACAGGAAAGGUUCGUGGCGUGCGAAAUGACGAAUUAUUGUGCCGCGGAGGAAAAGGAGCUGUAAAGCGUGUGAUGGAGAGAGGUUAGAAGAGAAAGAAGAGGAAGGAGGUGGAAGAGGAGGAGGAGAACGAUGCUUGUCGUAGAGAACCGAGGGUAGAACAAUGAGAAUCAGCGAAGGAAAUCCUGCGGGGAACGCAGGGUUUUCGCCAGAACCGAUGACCACUUCCACCGGAAGUUUGGACGACGGUUCGCCGACAAUUCAAGAGGCUUCCCUUCCUUUGACCACAUUUUCCGUCGAGGAUUGUGUUUACAGAGGCGAAGGGAAUGCUAAUGUCGUUAUUGCACUGCCUCAAGAGCGUAAAGUAAUUCGAUUCCGGAAGUCGCCGCCGGACGAUGUUUCACCGGAUGGCGGUGAACAACGGACCGAACGAGAAGUGAAAUUCGUGAGAUUCGUGGCUUCCUGCUUUUUGGGCCCAUACACGGAAAUCCCUGAGAUACUUCGUUACGAUAUGAAAGAUAUCGUCAUAUUAUCUGAAGCCAUCCGAGCACUUCGACCAGAUAAACGUUGCCAUAAAGAAAUCACUGAGACGUAUGCCACAAAGUAUCCAGAUUACACAUUUCUUCGAACAAAAGUUGAUCCUGAAGUGUUUCGAAGCAAGCAAACAUUCUGUGUUGAAAUUAAACCAAAACAGGGAUAUCUGAGGGACAUUGACUGGAAAUUUCAAAAAUGUCCUUAUUGUCUAACACAGUAUCACAAGCUCAAAAAGAAGGUCAUUACAGCUCGCAGUACUUAUUGUCCAUUUGAUCUUUUUUCUGGAGUGCAGGAACGCAUGAAGUCUGCACUAGAAGGAUUACUAAAAUCACCACAAAACAAUUUAAAAAUUUUUAAGGAUGGCAUUAUUGUUUAUGAUCAAGAAUCAUCUUUCAAUAACCUUGAAUGUGUUUUGUCUGAAUGGUUUCAUAAUUCUGCAACAAAUGCAAACAAAGAUUACAUCAACGUGUUUUGUGAUUUACUAUGCACUGCUCUCUUACACUCAUUUUCUGCAGCAGAUUUGAGAUUAAACCCUUCUACGUAUGAAUUAUAUUCAUCUAUCGAACAAGACUUAAAAUCAACCUCGCAUAUUAAUUCAGACAUAUUUGCGAAAGCUAAGAAACUUUUGUAUUUCACUGGAGAGGCUUGCAAUACAAAGGGCAUAACAUUGCCAACGAAUUCGGUGCUAGAAAGAAUUCUUCGUAUGCAAAGAGUACCAUUUAUUAGCUCAGAAUACGUUUAUAAUACGUAUCUUAAAUUUCGUUCAUUGGUAACCAAUGAUAUAAUAUAUUCUAAUUUAUUAGAGACAUAUAAGUUUAAUGAGAAUUGGAUAUAUUUUUGCAAUCAAAAAAAUACUACGGUAGAAAAUUUAGAAAUGUUAAAAACAUGUGCCAAAGAUGCUUCAAUUUCAAAUGAAUCGAAAUUUGCUGAUGAUAAUAACAGCAACAAGCAUAUUAAUUCAGAACCGAUAUGGUUUAAGAAUAAAAAGCCAGAUGAAAAUGUUCGUCUUAUAUCAAAAUCAAAUUUACUUCCAAUUCAAUGUGAAAAGAAUAACAUGUUUUAUCGUAAAUCUAACAUAAUGCACAAUGGAGAUAAUAAGCAUUAUAAUAAUGAAAAAGAAACACAUUUAAUAAAUAGUGAAAGCAUAUUAUGCUUACAGAAUUAUCUUCUAUUUUCAUGUGCCAGAGAUUGCUCAAUAUUAAUAGCCUUUCAAGAAUUGCAUCCGGAUGCAGUAUCAUUUGUUCCUGACGAAUAUGUAUUACAACUUUCCAAUGGACUCAGCUUUAUUUGUAAUAUUGGGAUUUCAGAUUUAGAUCCAAAAAGUCUUCAAUGCAUCGAAAAACACCGCCAGCGAGACAUCGAUGUCUUAAAUUCAGUAGUUUCUGUUCUCGAGGAAGAACUUAUGAUUCAAAAUCAGUUAUCAACCGAAACUCAAUCCUUGCUAUAGGUAUUAUAUAUACUUUAAGUAACGUUAAAAGGUUUUUACUGUGUACUGAUUUUAUAUUUUAUAUUUUUUGACGAACAUGAGUUAUGUUUGAAUUUCUGACAGAAUGAAGUGUAUCAUACUUUUGAAUGAUUUGCAAUUAUAUUUAUUAAUCCAUUAUGACUAGUUAAAAUUGGUUCGUUAAAAUAUUAUACACAAACACUUAAAAAUUAUACAGGGUAUUAUGUAUCUGAUGAUACAAUAGGAUAAGUUAAAAUUCAAUUGAGAAAAUGAAAUACUGUGAUCCUAUUUUGCUCUCUGUGGCUAUCCCUCUUCUCUAUGAUAUCUCUUUUCUUGUGUUUUGAGGUAUUUUCAGUCUUUCUGCCACUUCUAAUUUUCGUUACGAUACAUCUAAGUUCUCUCUUGCUCUCCCUGAUUCUUUAUAAUUCUUUCUGUCUCUCCAUAGUUCUCCUUGAGCUCCGUGGCAUUACCAGUCGUAUUGGCACUCCCAAUUCUCUGAAAAACCUAAUUGGAUACUUCCUGGUUCUUCUUGGUUUUCCGUAGUUUCGAUAUUAUGAAAAGUGAAAUACUGUGAUCCUGUAUAAUUUCAUAAGUAAACAAUGAACGAACAAAUUGUAGAAUAUCAUACACGUUUUAUGACAUAUUAUAAAAUUGGCAAUUGUAUAUAUAUAUACAUAAAUUCGUAUAUGAACA